AUGAAUGAUAAAAAACCAGAGCAACUCAAUGCCGAGUUGUCAAAUUCAUUUGGUGAUAUUUUCAAACUAUUCAAUCAAAAAGAUAAAAUUAUUGAAGACUUAAAGAAUAUUCGAAGUGAAGAUCAAUCAACAAUUCGUCAAUUAAGAGAUGAUAUACGCGUAUUGGAGUCGAAAUUAGAUCUUGGAGCUACUAAAAUAAGUUUAUUGGAGUCUCAAUUGAAGUCGAAAGAUGAUCAAAUAAAAUUGAAAGAUGAAGAAAUAAAAAAAUUAGAAAGUAAUAAAUUAGCUUCAAGACCAACUUUGAAAUCUAGAGAUAAUAGUAUCAUUAGUAUUACUUCUUCAUCACCUACAAAAAUAUCACUACAAACGAAAUCAGUUUAUGAACCAAAGAAAUUAACAGUUUCAAGUACUGAUAAUGAAGAUCCUACAAAAGCAAGAAAAACUAAAUCAAUGUUUGAAAAUCUUCGAUUAUUACCUACUCAAUAUAGUGAUACGGAAGAUGAAUCGUCAAUAAACAAAGAAAGUAUUGACAAAAAAGUAAAUACAAAUUCGUUAUCUUCAAGAACUGCAUCAUUACCUAAGAUCAAUAAUAAAUCUUCACCACCAUCAUUAAAAAAAAGCAAUGUUAAUUCCUCAUCACCAGCAAAACGUAACUUACUAAAAUCAAAAUCAGUGUAUGAACCAAACAUUACAUCGAAACCACCUAUCAGCAACGAAGAGCCAGCAAAAGCAAGAAAAGCUAAAAGUAUGAUUGAAAAUUUACGUAUCUUACCAACUCAAUACAGUGAUUCUGAAGAUGAAACAAACCAAGAAAAUAUAAAUUCAUCACCCAUAAAUAUUAGUUUUGACGUCAAUAAACCAAUAAUGAAAUAUUCGUCAGAUGGAAAAUUAAUAAUUAGUCCUAAAAAGAAUAUGAAACCAGCUACAACUACCGCAAAACGUCAAUUAAGUCCAAUCAAAAAUAAAGCUAAUGAUCGGAAAGAAAUAAUGGGAGCUCCAAAAUUCUUCAAACGUCAAAAAAGUAUUGAACUUAAAGAAGAUAAUCCAUUUUAUAAUAAUCCUAUUAUUAAUUUGUCACCACCAUUAGCAGAAUCAACAUCACCAAUUAAAUUGAGUCAACAAGAACUUAGUAUAUCUGCACAAAUCGAGAAGGAAGUUGACGAUAUUAUGGAAAAAGCAGGGUUAGAGGAUGAGGAAGUAAUUGCCGAUUCACAAAAUGAGUAUGAAAUGAACAUAUAUUCAACACCACCUCCUACGACUCAUUAUUUAUCUGAUAAAUCUUUUCCACCUUCUCCAAUAAUUGAAAUUCCACCUACAAUUACAACAAUAAAUCUACGUAGGAAAUUUUUACAAGAUUAUUAUACAAAAAAAUUUACAGAAGAUUCAAAUUUUAAAAUCAACCUACACUCAAAUCCAAUAAAACAAAUAUCAUGGGAUUUCAUAGAUUUCAACAAGAACCUAAACUACAAACCAAAUGAAUUUAGUCAAUUCUUACAAAAGCAUCAAAUAAAAGAUUCAAAAAAAUUUAAUCAAUAUAAAGAAUUUUAUAAUUUGAAUGAAAAUUGGAAAUUAGAAGAUAAAUUACUGCAAAUAUUUGAUAAAUUUGAAUCACCUCCUGGAUUUAUGAAAUCUGAUUUCCCAACAACUCAAGAAUUAGAAGAAAGGAAACAAAUUAUUGAUGAAAGACAAAAAAGAAGAAUUAGUAGAAGAAUUAAAAGUUGUAUUACUUUAAAUGAUAAAAAUUUACAAGUUGGUGAAUAUAUUUUUAGUAGUGAUAUUUUAAAUAAAUAUGUUAUUGCUGGUCGUUGGUAUAUUAGGUAG